AUGGGCGGCACGCGGUACGAGGGGCAAGGGUUCCCUUUCGGCGGCGUCGGCGUCGGCGAGGAGGACGAGGAAGAAGAAGACGAGCCCGAUGCAGACCUUGUGCGUGCUGCCGAGCCGCCGAGACCGAGAUCCAGGUGCGCCCUCGCCCCGCUCUCCCCCUUCUCCCGUACCGGCGCUCACGCAGCUUGCGCGCACAGGGACGACCUCGACCAUAUCGCCGCCUCCCUCCCGCCACCUCCUUCCGCCCUGUCCAACUCGUCCCACGGCGACGACACCGAGGAGGACGACGACGACGCCAACGCCCCGCCCGAUUUUACCGCCCGCAUCCCGCUCGUCGGCUCGUCGCACAACCCUCGGCGCGCCCACCGCGUCGCGCACCCAGACCGGUCGUCGAGCUCGGGCGGUGCAGGGUUUUCGCGCAGCCGCGGCGGGCCGCUCGGCGGCAUUAUCACCGGGCGACGGUGGGCGGCGGGCAUGAGCGCCAAGGAGCGCGCGCUGUGGCGCUGGGUCAACGUGGGCGACCUCGACGGGUUCCUCCAGCAGGUGUACCUGUACUACGUCGGCAAGGGCAUCUGGGCUAUCGGGCUCGAGCGCACGCUCAACCUCCUGACGGUCGGCUGGGUCAUCGGCUUCGGCACGUUCCUCAUCGGCUGCAUCGACUAUCCGCGACUUUGGCACUCGAACCACCUGUCCGACGUCGUCAUCCCGAGGUGCACGAGCCGCAUGUCGGGCUUCACCUUGCUCGUCUUCAUCAUCGUCGCGGCCUUCUACGCCUGGCGCGUCGUCCGUUUCGGCAUGGGCGUCCGCCGGCUGUGGGAGAUGCACGAGUUCUACACCGAGCUGCUCGAGGUACCCGAGAGCGACAUCCAGACGAUCCCGUGGCACGCCAUCGUCGCCCGCCUGUCCGACCUGCGCGCGAGCCACCCGUCGGCGCUCUCGACGCGAGGCCCGAACGGCCAGCCGACCGAGCGCCUCGACGCGCACGACGUCGCCAACCGCAUCAUGCGCGAGGAGAACUACCUCAUCGCCCUGUUCAACAAGGGCCUCCUCGACCUGUCGCUGCCGCUGCCCGGCCCGCUGCGGAGCACGGUCGGGCGCGUGCUCGGCAAAUCGCGGUUCGGCAAGAGCAUGCUCACGCAGACGCUCGAGUGGAACUUGAGCUUCUGUCUGCUCGGGUUCCUGUUCGGCAAGGACGGCCAGGUGAGGAGGGCCUUCCUGAGCGAGCGCAACAAGCGCGAGCUCGUCGAGACGCUACGUCGUCGUUUCAUCCUCAUGGCCGGGAUCAACGCCGUGUUCGCGCCAUUCAUCGUCCUGUACCUCGUCACGUACUCCUUCUUCCGCUACUUCGAGGAAUACCACAAGAACCCGUCGUCGAUCGGCUCGCGCCAGUUUACGCCGCUCGCGCGGUGGAAGUUUCGCGAGUUCAACGAGCUGCCGCACCACUUCCAGCACCGCCUCGCGCUCGCCCACCCUCUUGCCGACCAGUACAUCAACCACUACCCCAAGGCCAAGACGGUCCUCGUGUCGCGCUUCGUCGCCUUCCUCGCCGGCUCGUUCGCGGCGGUCCUCAUCCUGUUUUCGCUCAUCGACCCGGACGCGUUCCUCCACUUUGAGAUCACGCCCGGCCGCACCGUCCUGUUCUACAUCGGCGUAUUCGGCACCGUUCUUGCCGUCGCGCGCGGCAUGGUCCCCGACGAGAACCGCGUCGUCGACCCCGAGGAGCUCAUGCGCGGCAUCGUCGAGCACACGCACUACUUGCCCGCCGAAUGGAAGGACAACCUGCACUCGUCCAAGGUCCACGUCGCGUUCGGCAAGCUCUUCCAGAUGAAGAUCGUCCUCUUCGUGCAAGAGCUCCUGUCGGUCCUCAUCACGCCGUUCGUCCUGUGGUACUCGCUCCCCGACUGCGCCGGUCCUGUCGUCGACUUCUUUCGCGAGUUCACCGUGCACGUCGACGGGCUCGGCUACGUCUGCUCAUUCGCCGUGUUCGACUUCAAGCGGCACGGCGACGCCAAGUCGGCGAUGCGGCGGCGGGGCAGGGCAGCGCGGCGGCAGCAGCAGCAGCAGCAGCAGGAGCAGGAGGGGCCGAGCCGCCGCAGAAGAAGGCGCGCUACAUCCCCAACCGCGACGACCAGGACAAGGUCAAGCGCAUGCUCGCCAUCAUCGAGGGCCCGCAGUACGGUCACGUCGUCGGCCCGAACGAGAUCAAGACGGAAAAGCAGGGCGGCGCGUACCACAACCGCGAGACGGUCUUGCGAGGCGAGCGCAUCAACGUGCGUCCCUCCUUUCCCUUGCCCCGCUCCUCGUCUGGCCGAGCGCACAACCUGA